CACUACACUCUCUCUCCUCUUCUCUCCUCUCCUCUAACAACAACAAUACAACUCCAUCUGUAUACUGCCGAGAAACGUGAACAACCAGACCAGAGGAGGAAAACCAAAAAAGAAAAAGGAAAAUAAGAGAGGAGUUGUUUUCUUGUUUUUGUUAUUGUGGGUCUUUCUGGUAAGCACAAUGUCGGCUUUGAAAGACGAAGAUCCUCGCAUUCAUGGCAUCAAAACUAAGAUUCGCGUUGUCCCCAAUUUCCCUAAGCCUGGUAUUAUGUUUCAAGACAUCACAACUUUACUGCUCGACCCAAAAGCCUUCAAGGACACCAUUGAUUUAUUCGUUGAGAGAUACAAAGGCAAAAACAUUUCGGUUGUUGCAGGAAUCGAAGCUCGGGGUUUUAUAUUUGGUCCUCCCAUUGCGUUGGCCAUAGGAGCAAAGUUUGUUCCACUGAGGAAACCAAGGAAGUUGCCCGGUGAGGUUAUCUUCAAAGAGUAUACAUUGGAAUACGGAAAGGACCGUCUUGAGAUGCAUGUAGGAGCAGUUGAACCCGGUGAACAUGCUUUGGUGGUUGAUGAUUUGAUUGCCACCGGGGGAACACUCUGUGCUGCAAUGAAUUUAUUGGAACGUGUGGGAGCAGAGGUAGUUGAAUGCGCAUGCGUCAUUGAAUUACCAGAUUUACAGGGUCGUGAGAGAUUGAACGGUAAGCCACUGUAUGUACUGGUGGAAUCACAUUAAUCCAAAUCCAAAUCAAAAUCAAAAUCAAAUCAAGCUGAGAAGGAGGAUUAUAAUAGUGCCCACCAACUUCAACUUCAACUUCAACUUCAACUUCGACUGCAGUGCUCAGACCAACACGAAAAUGUACAUUUAAGAGUCGCAUUUAUUGGCUACUUUUCUUGGGAUCUGAUUGCAUUCAGUCCUGAGUCUUACCCCCACCAUUUUACCAGUUUCUUCUUCUGAAUAUUGAUUUAUUGAAAAAAAAAAAAGAAAUUUUAAGUGUUGGCGAUUGGGACCCUUCAUUUUUACCUAGUAGCAUAUAGUGCAAAAUUAUGGAAAGGGCUUUGAUUUUGAGAAAAAUGCUUCGUAGGGACUCUUGAUUUUUUUUUUUUAUUUAUUUGAGUAAAUGAAGUUGAUAAUGAUCCCAUCCUAUAUUGGUGGUGGGUUUCAUUUCAUUUAUAUGCUGAGCCUCUCAUGGUGUGUGUGUGUUCUUAACACAAAGCAGAGAUUGAGGAGAGCUCAAAUUAUG